GGCAGGUAGUGGAGUUGGAACUGCAGAAACUUCCAGACCCAUCCUGUGUAUUAGGGAGACCACCCUCUGAUCUCCCACCGUCUGUCAUCAGUCCAUCAUGGGGCAGACCAUCAGAAAACACUCUCCUAGGUCCUUCCAGAACGUCUCCUACUUCAAGCGUGACACCCCCGGCCGCCCCCCCUACUAUCAAGACACAUCCCCUCGACCAGGCAUCUUCUCAACGCUGAGGAGGACCCCCGCCGCCAAGCCGAACGACUUCAUACCACUCUUCAACGACUGCAUCUCAGCCGCCUCAUCUAGAACCCAGGAGUACCUUCUCUUCCAGGACCCAGAGAACAAGUUCCAUCCCAGACCUGAGGUUCUCACUGAGGUUUUCCUGAUGACCUACAUCACCCAGAGCGUCAACCUUAACAUGACGGACACCUUCAACUGCACAGCCAUGACGCCCGAGCAACGCAUCCUCCUGGGGGCUGACUGGGUGUGGGCCCUGCUAGAGAAGCCCACCAAGAACCCACGGAUCCAGAUUGCCGUGCAGGUCCUGCACCUGCCCGAGAGUGAGGGCGCCAAGGAGGAUAUCAUCAAGCCUGAGGCCUGCAGCGAGUCAGUCCAGAUGGCUCAGAUGGCGUCCAGCAAUAGGAACAUGUGUGAGAGGAUAAUAGAUUUCUGCACCUCCAUCGGCAAGGACUGCUACGCCCUGUUCUUGUUCUUCGGGAAGAAAAAUGACACGGGAAAUAUCUACGGUGUACUCAGCAACAACUUCGAGGCGGCCAUCGGGAAGUGCAACAAGAUUGACAGAGCUUUAAUUGAGAACUUCUUCAAAGGCUCGAGGUAUCUCCAUACACCUACAGGAAUGAUGCAGGCCAUAGUCACCAAGAAAGAAGGGGACGCUCUCACUCUCAUGAUUAAAUUCAGCUGAACCAAAGGGACUAAUAUUUAACGGCAAAUACAAUGAGGAGGCAGUUGAUUCAUUUCUUGACAAACAGCCUCCGACCUGCCAGGAUGCUAAAUUUGAUAAAGUAGGAAUUAUUUAAAAGAAUAUCCUGGCCAUUUUUUCCCCAGUUUUUUGCCAUCAUUAAGGCCAAUUGUGUACA